AUGGCGUGUAAUGUCGAUGCCCUCGGUUUUCCAAUCGAGGGGUUAUGCCAGCACGGUCUUAUAUCGCCCGUCAACCAGCAUGGCCCUAACCCUCCUGGCUUGGUUGCGCCUCUCCUGACCUGCCCAGAAACCCUUCGCCCGACACGCCUAGAAUUGACCCUGCCGCACCAUCCCUGGAUCGAUAUGUUCCCUCUGCCACGGAUGCGCGACAACGUCUUGAGUGCGACAGCGACCUGUCUCAUAGACGAGGACGAGCUGUGCGGCGACCUCAUGAACAUGUAUGAAGGCCACGCCGAGAGCGAUCCUCAUCGUCUGGGGACAGCCAUGGGAUCCUUUGGGUUGGGAGGUGACCGUUCCUUUCUUGUGGAAGUGGGCUUGGCUGACCCAAGGGUGUCCUAA